AUGGCCGCCUUCGGGCUCCUCAGCUAUGAGCAGAGACCUCUCAAACGGUCCCGUUUGGGGCCGCCCGACGUCUAUCCUCAAGACCCCAAGCAGAAGGAGGAUGAGCUAACUGCUGUAAAUGUAAAACAAGGUUUCAGUAAUCAGCCACCUUUCUCAGGAGAUGAACACGGGUCUGCUAGAAAUAUUGUUAUUAACCCAUCAAAGAUUGGUGCUUAUUUUAGCAGCAUAUUAGCAGAGAAAUUAAAACUUAAUACAUUCCAAGAUAUAGGAAAGAAGAAAUUGCAAAUAAAUGCUAAAGACAAUUACUGGCUAGUUACUGCUCGGUCCCAGAGUGCAAUUCAUACGUGGUUUGCGGAUUUGGCAGGAAAUAAACCUCUGACUUUCCUAGCAAAAAAGGUCCCAAUUCUCAGCAAAAAGGAAGAUGUUUUUGCUUAUUUAGCAAGAUACUCUGUGCCACUCUUGCGAGCAGCAUGGUUGAUAAAAAUGACUUGUGCCUACUACUCAGCCAUCUCUGAAGCUAAAAUCAAGAAACGCCAGGCAGCUGAUCCAAAUCUUGAAUGGACUCAAAUCUCUACCAGGUACCUAAGAGAACAAUUGGUAAAAAUUGCAGAAUUUUAUCACAUGACUACAAGCCAAGGCAAAAACUCUGUAGUUGUGCCUCGUGAAGUGGAACAUGCUCUAAAGCAGUGGGAAUAUAAUGAAAAGUUGGCAUUUUAUAUGUUCCAGGAAGGAAUGCUUGAAAGACACGAAUAUUUAACAUGGAUCCUGGAUGUCUUGGAAAAAAUAAGACCAGCUGAUGAUGAACUUUUGAAACUCCUCCUACCACUAAUGCUGCAGUAUUCUGAAGAGUUUGUUCAGUCAGCCUACCUGUCGCGUCGCCUUGCUUACUUCUGUGCCAGACGUGUCUCUUCGUUGAUAAGUGACAGUACUAACCUCAUAGCUGCCCACUCGCCUCAUAUUAUUAUUGGACCAAAUAAUCCUCCUUUGGCAGCUCCCAGCUCUUCGACAACUGGUACUGUAGUGAAUCCUGCCCAGCUUGCCUGUUCAGAUUUUCUUUCCUGCCCCCAACACCGCCCUCUUGUCUAUGGCCUGAGCUGUAUGCUGCAGACUAUAACUCUCUGUUGCCCAAGUGCCUUGGUCUGGAAUUAUUCUACAAAUGAAAGUAAAAACAUAAAUCCUGGCUCACCUUUGGAUUUACUUCAAGUUUCUCCAUCCAGCUUACCAAUGCCAGGAGGAAAUUCUGUAUUCAAUCAGCAGGUUCGUGCAAAGAUUUUUGAAGUAGAACAGCAGAUAAAACAAAGGGGCCGUGCUGUCGAAGUACGGUGGUCAUUUGACAAGUGCCAAGAAUCAACUGCAGGGGUUACUAUCAGCCGUGUUUUGCACACUUUGGAGGUUUUGGAUAGACACUGUUUUGAUCGUUCAGAUUCUAGCAACUCUAUGGAAAGCCUUUAUAACAAGAUUUUCUGGGGAACCCAUAAUAAGGAUAAUCAGGAGGUUGCGCCUAAUGAUGAAGCUGUGGUAACAUUGCUUUGUGAAUGGGCUGUGAGUAAUAAAAGAUCUGGUAAGCACCGGGCAAUGGCUGUAGCUAAACUAUUGGAGAAGAGGCAAACUGAAAUUGAGGCAGAAAGAUGUGGUGAAGUUGAAAUCAUGGAUGAAAAGGAAUCCAUUUCUUCAGCAUCAUUUGCUGGUUCUAGCCUUCCUGUUUUCCAGAAUGUUCUCCUUAGAUUUUUAGAUACUCAAGCCCCCUCAUUACCUGAUCCAAAUGGUGAAUAUGAAAAAAUUGAAUUUGUGAACCUAGUGCUGCUUUUUGGUGAAUUUAUACGGCAUGAUGUUUUUUCACAUGAUGCUUACAUGUGCACUUUAAUAUCACGUGGAGACUUAUCUGUCACUGCAGCUUCUAGAACACGUUCACCAACUGGGGAAAACAUGGAUGAGCACUAUUCUAAGGAACACGAUGUGAAACUUGAGAUCUUUUCUCCAAUGCCUGGGGAGUCUUGUGAAAAUCUGAAUUCAAUACCAGUACAAAACAGAAGAGCUUCAGUAAGUAAUGAAAAGUCUACAAAGAAAGAAAAAGGAAGGGAGCUGAUUUUCCCAUCAAAUUACCAUCUCCUUCGACAUUUGCAGUAUGCUACACAUUUUCCUAUACCUUUGGAUGAAUCAUCAAGUCAUGAAUAUAACCAGCGCAUGAUACUUCUUUAUGGAGUUGGAAAGGAACGUGAAGAGGCCAGGCAUCAACUGAAGAAGAUUACCCGAGAUAUUCUGAAAAUCCUAAAUAAGAAAAGCACUUCUGAAAUGAGUGGUGGUGACGAAGGUCAAAAAAUCCGGAAGAACAGGCAAGAGGCAUUUCCAACUUUAGAGACUGUAUUUACAAAACUUCAGCAGCUCUCAUACUUUGACCAGCAUCAAGUGACAAGUCAGAUCUCCAACAAUGUUCUGGAGCAGAUUACUAGUUUUGCAUCAGGAACAUCAUAUCAUCUUCCACUAGCUCAUCACAUAGAAUUUAUCUUUGAUCUAAUGGAACCUGCUUUAAAUAUUAAUGGACUUAUUGACUUUGCUGUUCAGCUGCUGAAUGAGCUGAGUGUGGUGGAAGCUGAACUACUACUGAAGUCAUCCAGCCUGGCAGGAAAUUACACAACUGGACUGUGUGUUUGCAUUGUAGCUGUGCUAAGGCAUUAUCAUGCUUGCCUCAUUUUGAAUCCAGAUCAAACUGCUCAGGUUUUUGAAGGAUUAUGUGGUGUUGUCAAACACAUAGUCAAUCCAUCAGAAUGCUCUUCUCCUGAAAGGUGUAUUUUAGCCUAUCUGUAUGAUCUCUAUGGAUCCUGUAGCCAUCUUAGAAGCAAAUUUGGAGAUCUUUUCAGUAGUGCCUGUUCAAAAGUAAAGCAGACCAUAUAUAGCAAUGUUCAACCUUCAAAUUCCAAUUUGUUAUGGGAUCCUGAAUUCAUGUUGGAUUUUAUUGAGAAUCCCUCCAUUCGCAGCCUUAAAUAUUCAAUGUUGGGCAAGAUUCUGAGUGACAAUGCACCAAGUCGCUAUAGCUUUGUGUGUAAUGCACUAAUGAAUGUCUGCAUGGGCCAUCAAGAUACAGACAGAAUUAAUGAUAUUGCAAACUUGUGUGCAGAAUUAACUGCUUGCUGUACAGUCCUAAGUUCAGAGUGGUUAGGAGUCUUGAAAGCCCUUUGCUGUUCUUCAAAUCAUGUCUGGGGAUUUAAUGAUCUUCUCUGCAGCGUGGAUGUGAGUGAUCUUUCAUUCCAUGAUUCAUUAGCUACCUUUGUUGCAAUACUGAUUGCUCGUCAAUGUUUUUUCCUUGAGGAUGUUGUUCAACAUGUAGCUCUUCCUUCUUUACUUACAGCAGCUUGUGGAGAUCCAGAUGCUGAACCAGGGGCACGGAUGACUUGCCGUCUUCUUCUACAUCUCUUCCAAACACCCAAUAUUUCCUUAUUGUCGAAUGAAAAAUGUUUUCCUGGAAUUCGGUCAUCUUGUGAUCGCCGCCUUUUAAGUGCUGCUCACAACAGCAUAGAAGUAGGAGCAGUAUUUGCUGUUUUGAAAGCAAUUCUUAUGCUUGGUGAUGCUGAAAUUGGAAGCAACAAUAUUCCCUCCUUGAAAAAUUCAGAUUACCCUGUACAAAGCUUAUUGGGAGAUCUAAAUGAUGAUGAGAUCUGGAAAGCUACCUCAAAGUCUUUGUAUGGAAAAACCAUUUCCAUAGAAACUGCUACUCUCAGUGAAUAUGCUAGAUAUGUACUAAGAAGCAUUUGUCAGCAGGAAUGGGUGGGGGAACACUGCUUGAAAGAACCCGAGAGGCUAUGUACUGACAAAGAUCUUAUCCUGGAUCCAGUUCUCUCCAACAAACAAGCACAGAAACUGUUGCAGCUUAUCUGUUACCCUUACAGUAUUAAAGAAUGCACAGAAGGGGACAAUCCUCAGAGGCAACACAUCAAGCACAUUCUUCAGAAUAUAGAUCAGUGGACUCUUAGACAGUCAUGGCUGGAACUUCAGCUAAUGAUCAAACAGUGUCUGAAGGAACCUGGUUCUGGGUCUGUGGCUGAAAUGAACAGCUUGUUGGAUAAUAUUGCAAAGGCGACAAUAGAAGUUUUUCAGCAAUCCGCUGACCUAAACAAUAACUCUUCUAACUCUGGUAUAGGCCUCUUCAAUCCAAACUCUCUUGGAAAUGCUGACACACAUAUUACAAGGCAGAACUGUAAAAAGACAUUCCUAAGCUCUUCUGAAAGACAAGGUGUCUGGUUAGUGGCUCCCCUGAUUGCAAAGCUGCCAACAUCUGUUCAAGGCCGAGUCUUGAAAGCAGCUGGAGAAGAACUAGAGAAGGGCCAGCACUUGGGAUCAUGUUCAAAGAAGGAGAGAGACAGGCAAAAACAGAAGAGUAUGUCUCUUCUGAGUCAGCAACCAUUCCUGUCUUUGGUACUCACUUGUCUCAAGGGACAGGAUGAACAGCGUGAAGGGCUUCUAACAUCUCUGCAAAAUCAAAUUAAUCAGAUAUUAAGCAACUGGAGGGAAGAACGAUACCAAGAUGAUGUUAAAGCAAGACAAAUGAUGCAUGAAGCAUUACAGCUUCGUCUUAAUUUGGUUGGUGGAAUGUUUGAUACGGUGCAAAGAAGUACUCAGUGGACCACAGACUGGGCACUUCUACUCCUUCAGAUAAUAACAUCAGGGACUGUUGACAUGCAAACCAAUAAUGAAUUAUUUACAACAGUACUUGAUAUGUUGAGUGUGUUGAUCAAUGGAACUUUAGCUUCUGACCUCUCAAUUGCAUCUCAAAUGGGAUCUGAAGAGAACAAGAGAGCAUACAUGAAUUUGGUGAAAAAACUCAAAAAAGAACUGGGAGAUAAAAGUUCAGAAAGUAUUGACAAAGUUCGCCAGCUCUUGCCAUUGCCAAAGCAGAUGUGUGACCUUAUUGCAUGUGAGCCUAUGGGAUCACUGAUUGAUACGAAGGGAAACAAAAUUGCUGGAUUUGACUCCAUAGAUAAGAAACAGGGGCUCCAAGUCUCAAUGAAACAGAAAGUAUCUCCAUGGGAUUUACUGGAAGGCAAUAAGAAUCCAGCUCCAUUGUCUUGGGCUUGGUUUGGAACUGUUCGCAUUGAUAGGAAAGUCAUAAAAUAUGAGGAACAGCAGCACCUUCUCCUUUACCACACACACCCUAAACCUAAGCCACGAAGCUACUACCUCGAACCUUUACCUCUUCCUCCUGAGGAGGACGAGGAGGAAGAAGAGCCUACCACUCCUGCAUCUCAGGAACCAGAAAGAAAGUCAGAGCUUUCAGAUCAGGGAAAACCUUCAGCAGAUGAAGAAAGAAAGGGGAAAGGCAGAAAAAGAAAGUCAAAAGCAGCUUCCAAAACUGAUGAAUAUCCUCAGAACAAUGGAUGUAGAAUGGCUCCUAAUUUCUCACCACUUUAUUCCCAAAUGUUGCAUCAUCCUCAAUCUGCUUUGUGGGGCUACAAUGUUAUAGGACAGCCCCAACAGUCAGGUUACUUUGUCCAAAACCAGCCUCUUCCACCAGGUAAAGCAGUGAAAUCUGUCACAGAAAAUAAUUAUUUUAAAGGUCCAAUAAUUGAACAGGCUUCCAUUUUUGCUCAACAAGUCCGCCCCUCAUCUUCUCAGCUAACACAGUAUCCAGGGAUACAGCCAUCACAGACAAUUCCUCAUGGCUAUACAAUGUAUAGUACUCAGAUGUCAUUGCCAUCUCAACAGACUGGGGGCAUAGUUCUUUCACCUACCUACAAUCCUAGAUCAUUUCAAGCAACUCAUUCCAGUCCAGUUUUAAUGGAAAGGUUAAGGCAGAUGCAACAGCAGCCAAGCGGGUACAUUCAUCAGCAAGCAGCUGCCUACCUUCAGCCUUUAGCAGGCAAUCAGCGUUCAGUUCACCAGUCUUUGCAGCAGAAUCACCUAGUUGGAGGGCCUCUAGAUCCAGUAUCAGCCACAUCUUCCCAGGCAAAUCUUUACUCUGUCCAGAUAUCUCAGGAACAAAUGAGACAGAGGCAACAGCAAAUUCGGCAACAAAGAUUCCUUCAGCUUCAGCAUCAGCAGAAUCAACAACAAAUCAUUAACCUUCAAGCAAUGCAGCCUCAACAACAAUCUUUCUUCCCAAGACAAGGUUUGCAGCAGACCCAGCAGCAACAACAGACAGCUGCUCUUGUCAGACAACUCCAAAAACAGCUGUCAAGUAACCAGCCCCAGCAAGGUGUGAAUCCGUACAGUCAUCUUCCACACUUCUGAAUCUGAAAGAUGUCAGGAAGAGAAAGUAUUUGCACUGAAGAACAGGGAGAGAAGAAUUUGUUGCACUAAUU